AGAAAUAACCCAUUUCUCAAUAGCUCCUUAUCACGUAGAAUUAAAUUUCUAUGCAUUACUCUCACUCUCUUGAAGAAAUGCCGAGUGAAGAGGUUGACUCGGACCGAGUGACGUAGCAAACUCAGACGCGUCGAGUCAAUAAACAAGGAAAACUCGUCUUCAUAUAAUAAAAAAACAAUAAAAUAUUAAAUAAUAAAAAAAAAUUAAAAAUUUCGGAUAUAUAUAUUGUGAUGAAAAUAAAAAAUAUAACUCGUUCACUGAGUCAGAAGAAAAGAUUGUCCUCUCUGCAUUUUCUGCCUCUAGGGUUAUCUUUUCCCCAAUUUUCUUCUGCUUUUUCUUCUAUAUAUUGAUUACUCUGAAGCAGAAAAUUCAUCAUUUUCAAUGUUGCUCUUCGGAAACUAAUUAGGAUCUGAGUAAACCCUAACUUUUUCGCGGCAAAAAAUUCAAAAGUUCGUGAGCAAAAUUCAAAGGCUCUGUAUCUCGAUAGUGGAUUCUAAGGUGAUUAUGGAGCAACCUGUUGUGAGAUCGAGAGGUCGUCCUAGGAAACGAAGAAAGGAGGAGGAUGAAAAGGAAGUAAAAUCCAAAUCGGUUCAUGAAGCUAAAAGGCAAGCUUCAGAGACUAGAUCGAUAGCAUUGGUUGGCAGGUACGUACUUAAGAAUUUUCCGGGAAAUGGUGUUUUUCUUGGAAAAGUAGUGUACUAUGAACUAGGAUUGUAUCGAGUCAAUUAUGAAGAUGGGGAUUUUGAGGAUUUAGAGAGUGGUGAAAUUCGUCCUAUACUUAUCAGCAAUGUUGAUUCCGAUGUUGAUUUAGUAAGGAGGAUGAACAAAUUGGAGAAGUUAGUGUUGAAGAAUAGUGCGAAGGUCUCUGUAAAAGCAAAAUCUGCAGUUGAUGUGGCUGUUCCGAGUGAAGGUGGAUUAUCAGUUGAAAAGGAUAAGGAUAAGGAUGAAGAUGAUGAAGUUGGUGCUGAUUCCUCAAGUGACUCUGACACUGGUUUGAUGGAAAGGGAUUCUGUUUCUGAUGUUGAGACACCGCCUUUGCCACCACAGUUGCUGUUGCCGCCUUCGUCGGGAACUAUUGGUGUGCCGGAGCAGUGUGUUUCACAUCUUUUUUCUGUUUAUGGAUUCUUAAGAUCAUUCAGCACUCGCUUGUUUCUUCAACCUUUUACUUUGGAUGAGUUUGUUGGUUCUCUUAAUUGUCAAGUCUCUAAUUAUUUGUUUGAUGCUAUUCAUGUUUGUUUGAUGCGGGUGUUGAGGCGUCAUCUUGAAACCCUCUUGUCUGAGGGCUCUGAGCUUGCAUCGCAAUGCCUCAGGUACUAUGACUGGAGCUUGGUCGAUACAUUGACCUGGUCUGUUUUUGUUAUUCUAUAUUUGGCGGUCAACGGGUACACAAAAGGACCCGUAUGGAAAGGAUUCUUCGAUGAGGUUUUUACUGGCGAGUAUUAUUUAUUGCCUGUAAGUAGGAAGUUAAUGAUACUGCAAAUUCUCUGCGAUGAUGUUUUAGAAUCUGAGGAGCUAAAAGCUGAAAUGAACUCGCGAAAGGAAUCAGAGGUCGGGAUGGAUUAUGACGCAGAAGAUAUCCUUCCUGCGGAAACUGGGCCGAAAAAAGUCCAUCCAAGAUAUGCCAGGACCUCGUCUUCUGAGGAUAAAGAAGCCAUGAAAUUGGUUUCCACAUCAAAUGCUGUGAACCAACCUGGUAACUCUAUAUCAGAAAGCACAGGGGAUGGUGAUGUUGAUAGAAAUGGAGAUGAAUGUCGCCUCUGUGGUAUGGACGGAACCCUGCUUUGUUGUGAUGGGUGUCCCUCUGCUUAUCAUUCGAGGUGUAUUGGCGUGAUGAAAAUGUUUAUACCAGAAGGGCCAUGGUAUUGUCCAGAGUGCAAAAUCAAUAUGACUGGGCCCACAAUUGCCAAGGAAACCUCACUUAGAGGGGCUGAGAUAUUUGGAAGGGAUUUGUAUGGGCAACUCUUCAUGGGUACUUGCGACCACUUACUUGUGCUUAACAUUGACAACAAUGAAUUUUGUCUUAGAUAUUACAACCAGAACGACAUCCCCAAAGUUAUCCAAGUGCUUUGUGAAUCCAUGCAACAUAGACCAAUGUACUAUGGUAUUUGCAUGGCAGUGUUACAAUAUUGGAAUGUUUCAGGAAACUUCUUACCUCUUUCUGCUUCAAUUGAGACAGAUAUAGAGGAUGAGACAAAAUUCGCUACCCCUUUACUUCCUCCUCCAAGUGAAGGCAACCAUAAACCUGUUAGUUUGGUCAAGGGAGAGUGCUCUCCAACCACUGCAAGUUUCACUCACAAUGAUAAUAUGGGGCCUUCUCUUAAUGCUUUUCAAGCUAUCACUCAAAGUCCUGCUCUUGAAAACAGUGGCAAUGCUAGAACUGAAGAGUGCUGUACUGUGAAUGCGAAGCUUGCCGAGGAAACUGGGACGGAUGUGAUAAUUUCAGCUGGCUCUGUUAGUCAUCAGUCCAACAUGAGCUUUCAGAAUUCUGUCAAUAUGUCAACUGCAGUAGAUAAUGAUAUGUGCUCUUUGGUAAACAGUCAAUUUAGUAACUGUGGUCAUGUAAACGAUAUGGGGUUGCCUAUGAAUUUUUCUUUGCAAACCAAAGAAAACACCCAAGUGGGUUUUGGAAAGUGUGGACGCAAUUCAACUGAUGAUUGUUACAUGGGUUUCUCCUAUAAGCCCAUGUCAUACAUAAAUUACUAUAUGCAUGGUGAUUUUGCUGCAUCGGCAGCUUCUAAAUUUUCCAUCAUUUCUUCAGAGGAAUCUAAGUUGGUGGAAGGUCAUGUGUCAGACAGCCAGAAGAAAACUGCAGCUGCAUAUACUUAUUUGCAAGCAAAAGCAUUCUCACUAGCAGCUUCGCGUUUCUUUUGGCCAAGUUCCGAAAAGAAGCUUGUGGAGGUUCCAAGAGAGAGGUGUGGUUGGUGCAUUUCUUGUAAAGCCAAUGUUUCUAGCAAGAGAGGGUGCAUGUUAAAUCAUGCUCUUAUAAGUGCCACAAAAGGUGCUAUGAAAAUCCUUGCUACUUUUUCUCCUAUAAGGAGUGGAGAGGGAAUUCUUCCUAGCAUUGCAACUUACAUUUUGUAUAUGGAGGAAUGUUUACGUGGUUUAAUAGUUGGGCCCUUCCUAAAUGCAAGCUAUAGACGGCACUGGCGUAAGCAAGUGGAUCAAGCCACAACAUUUAGUGCUAUCAAGCCACUUCUACUCAAACUUGAAGAGAACAUUCGAAUCAUUGCUUUUUGUGGGGACUGGGCUAAGCUGAUGGACGAUUGGUUGGUUGAAUUUCCUGUUAUACAAAGUGCCACAUCUACUCUAGGAACAACUCAGAAACGCGCACCAGGUGGGAGGCGUUAUAAAAAGAAGUUACCUAUUGAUGAAGCUACAGCUGACGGUUCCCAGGAAAACAUUUGGUGGCGCGGUGGACAGUAUAGCAAAUUUUUAUUUCAGAAUGCAGCUUUGCCAAAAUCCAUGAUCAGAAAAGCUGCUCGUCAAGGUGGUUCGAGGAAAAUUUCUGGUAUUUUCUAUGCUGAUGGCUCUGAAAUUCCCAAAAGAAGUAGACAGCUUGUUUGGAGAGUCGCAGUUCAAAUGAGUAGGAAUGCCUCACAGCUGGCACUACAGGUCAGAUAUCUUGAUUUUUACCUUAGAUGGAGUGAUCUGAUUCGUCCGGAGCAGAACAUACAGGAUGGGAAAGGUCAAGAGACUGAAGCUUCUGCUUUCAGAAAUGCAAAUAUUUGUGACAAAAAACUUGUAGAGGGAAAAAUUUGUUAUGGAAUAGCUUUUGGGAGCCAAAAGCAUCUUUCUAACCGGGUGAUGAAAAGUGUUAUUGAAACGGAGCAAGGUUCACAAGGAAAAGUCAAGUUUUGGUUUUCUGAAACUCGGAUUCCUUUAUAUUUGGUAAAAGAGUACGAAGAAGGUAAUGAAAAGGUUAUAUGUGAAGAGGACUAUAGUAGUACAUCUCAGUUGCUCAGAAGGCGGUUGAAAGGUACCCACAAUGACAUAUUCUUUUACCUUGUUUGCAAGAGAGACAACUUGGCAUUCUCGUGUUCUACAUGUCAGAUGGGCAUUUCAAUUCGGAAUGCUUACAAGUGUAAUGCAUGUCAAGGUUAUUGUCAUGAGGACUGUUCCAUAAGUUCAGUCUCUAGACUCUCUACAAAUGGCGGAGUUGAGCACUUGACCACAUGCAAACAAUGUCACCAUGCCAUGUUACUUGCUCCAAAUGAAACUAUUGAUGAAUCUCCAACCAGUCCCUUAAUCUUACAAAGACAAGAAAACAGCUCUGGGACUGUUUUUAAGGGACCAAGGUCAAAGGCUGGUCAUUCUGACACAAAACAAGUUAGUUCCAUGUCAGCUUCAAAAGGACCAAAGCGUAAAUGUCAUGAGCAAACUUUGACUUCUACCAAGAGAAAGAAUAGUCAUCCUGAGACGAAACAAGCUGCAUCUGAUUCCACUUCGGCAUCAAGCGCCCGUCGCAAUAAUUGUUCUUGGGGUAUUAUAUGGAAAAAGAAAAUUAAUGAAGAUCCAAACAUUGAUUUUAGGAUGAAAAACAUACUUUUAAAGGGUGGAUCAGACAUACCUGAUCUGGAACCUGUUUGUCACUUAUGCAAAAAGGCAUAUAGGUCAGAUCUAAUGUAUAUUUGCUGCGAGACAUGUCAAAAUUGGUAUCAUGCUGAAGCUAUUGAACUUGAAGAAUCCAAAAUUUCGGAUGUGUUGGGCUUCAAAUGUUGCAAGUGUCGCAGGAUAAAGUCACCUGCAUGUCCUUACUCUGAUUCAAAACCUAAGUCAGAAGUUAAGAAAUCACGCAGAAGGGCUUCAAAGAAAGAGCACUAUGCCGCAGAUUCUGAUUCUGGAACAUUUAAUGAUAUGAGAGAGUGUGAACCUGCUACUCCUGUCUUCCCUGUGGAGAACGAUCCUUUACUUUUCAAUCUUGCAAAUGUUGAGCUGAUUACAGAACCUAAUAACUUAGAUAUGGAUGUUGAUUGGAACAAUGUCUCCAUGCCAGGACCUCAGAAAUUACCGGUCAGAAGGCAUGUUAAGCAUGAGGGAGAUGGUGAUGGUUCUGUUGUAGGAGUACCUUUACAUGCUGAAUUUGCAACGAAUAGUGAAGUAGGUAAUCUGUCCAAUCCUGCAGACUCCAUGUUACCUUUUGAAUAUGACCCUGCCGCUUUUGACAGCAAUCUGUUGAACAACUCUGAAAAUGUAAAUAAUGAAUACAUGGAGUAUGAAGACAAUACCUACUUCGAUCCAGCUGAAUUGUUGCCCUUAGAUGGUGGCGACACCCAUUUUGAUGGAGGCGAUGACGCCCAUUUUGAUGGAGGCGAUGACACCCAUUUUGAUGGAGGCGAUGUGUCUGCGGAAUUGUUGGACUUGGAUUAUUUCAAGAACCCUGAUACCGCUGUUCCUGAAGAAUAUGGAGAUGCCAUCUAUAGUUGUUGUAAAUGUUCGCAAAUUGAACCGGUCCCUGAUCUUUGUUGUCAGACUUGCGGGGUUUUCAUUCACAGCCAGUGUUUAUCUGGUAUUUUUCUGAGAUUCGAGUUUACUGUCAAGUUAAAGGAGCCAAAUGGUUCUAACAUUGCUGCUUGCAAGGAGGUAUUUAUACUUUGA